AUGGACGUGCUCGUACUGGGGCUGGAGGUGCCGUUUCUGGGGGUGCUACUACUGGAGGUACUGGAGCUGGAGAGCCUGGAGCUGGAGGUGCCGGUUUUGGGGUUGCUGCGACUGGAGGUUGCGGCGCGAGACCCUAGAGCUGGAGGUUCUGGAGCUGCUGGAGGCGCUGGAGCUGGAGGUUCUGGAGCUGCUGGAGGCGCUGGAGCUGGAGGUUCUGGAGCUGCUGGAGGCGCUGGAGCUGGAGGUUCUGUAGCUGGUGGAGGCGCUGGAGCUGGAGGUUCUGGAGCUGCUGGAGGCGCUGGAGCAGGGGGUUUGGAGCUGCUGGAGGCGCUAGAGCAGGAGGUUCUUGAGCUGUUGGAGGCGCUGGAGCUGCUGGAGGCGCUGGAGCUGGAGGUUCUGGAGCUGCUGGAGGCGCUGGAGCUGGAGGUUCUGGAGCUGCUGGAGGCGCUGGAGCUGGAGGUUCUGGAGCUACUGGAGGCACUGGAGCUGCUGGAGGUUCAGGAGCUGCUGGAGGCGUUGGAGCUGGAGGUUAUGGAGCUGCUGGAGGCGUUGGCGCUACAAGUGCUGGUGACACUGCACAGCCGCGACUGCUCACCACUGCCUGCUCCUUCUCCUUACACUGAGCAGACCGACUCGCUUACAGAGCGUCGUGAGCCUGCGUCUCGUCCUGCCUCGCCGGUUCGCGCUCGUCGCACUGGUCGUCGUGUUCCUCGUGAGCGUCCUCCUCCUGUCCCUGGCACGCAUGGUAUGGCACUUCGUCCUUCCUCUGUUCCGCAGCGUGUUCCCCUGCCGUCUCCUCCUGCGUCUUCUCUGCCUGACGUUCCGGACCCUGAGUCUGACCUGGUUCGUGCUGCUCACCCUACUGUCACGCGUCUGCUUGCCACUGUUGUCACUGACCCGUCGUUUGAGUUUGCUGCUGCGUCUGCCUUAGUUGCUGAGCUUGUGGACUUUGCUGCUGCCUGUCGUCUAGACUACGCCACUGCUCUUGUUGCUGAGUCUGAGUCUGUCUGUCCUCCGUCCGUCGGAGGUGAGUGUGCUCUUGGCACGGACGUCCUAGAGGACAGGCAGGAGGACUUUGAGUGUCUUGCCCUCGCUGCGCCUCAUCUCGUGGCCAUGCUGCUUGCCCCUGAGGGAGACCCAGAUGCACUUGACAUCCCCCCCCCCCGCGCUCUUACGCAGAGGCGAUUUCGGGUGACUACUCCUCUCAACGUCUUCCAGACCUUCUCCCCUACCCCGAAGAUGACCACUCUUCGGGUGCUGCUGCACGUUGCCGCUCAGCGUGACUACGAGCUUCACUCUCUCGACUUCAGCACAGCGUUCUUACAGGGCAGUCUGCACGAGGAAAUCUCGCUGCGCUGCCCACCUGGUUUCACUGGGUCGUUCCCUCCUGGUACCCAGUGGAGCCUCCGCCGGCCAGUCUACGGUCUCCGUCAGGCGCCUCGUGAGUGGCACGACACACUGAGGGCGACACUUGCGGCUCUUGGGUUUGCUCUUUCGACAGCUGACCCGUCGCUGUUUCUGCGCACCGACACCUCGCUGCCGCCGUUCUACAUCCUCGUGUACGUUGAUGACUUGGUCUUUGCCACUGCUGACACUGAGGCACUCGCCCUUGUGAAGUCGGAGCUACAGAAGAGACACACGUGCACAGACCUGGGUGAGCUGCGCAGUUACCUUGGCUUGCAGAUCACCCGGGACAGAGCACGCCGCACCAUCACCUUGACUCAGUCACACAUGGUGCAGCAGGUCCUUCAGCGCUUCGGCUUCACUUGGUCCUCCCCACAGUCCACUCCUCUGGCUACUGGUCACUCGCUCUCAGCUCUGCCUUCGGAUGAGUCCGUAGAGCCGAGUGGUCCUUACCCAGAGCUAGUGGGUUGCCUCAUGUACCUGAUGACCUGCACUCAUCCUGACCUCGCGUACACUCUUGGCCUUCUGGCACGCUAUGUGGCUCCUGGUAGACACCGAAAGGUGCACUGGGAUGCUGCGAAGAGGGUACUGCGUUACUUGUGCAGUACAUCGGGCAUGGGGCUCGUGCUUAGCGGACGGGGUGACGUUGUCCUCACUGGACACUCAGAUGCUUCUUGGGUUGACGACCUGGCUACGCAGCGGUCGUCACAGGGUUACACAUUCAGCCUUGGCUCCGGCUCUGUUUCUUGGCAGUCUACCCGCUUGUCUUCUGUUCUCAGCUCCAGUUGUGAGGCUGAGAUCUACACCACAGCCAUGGCUGCAUAG